GCGUCUUCUUGGGGUUGAGAUUAUCCGAUCCUUUGUCGAUAGCAAUGAACAUGGCCAAACUAUCCAAGCUUGGGCCCGUCACCGAGGUCGUCGAUCCGCAGGAGCUGUAUCGAGUCAUCACUCAAGCGUCGUCUCAAAACCCAGCCGAAGUUCGCGCGUCGAGUAAACGCGUCGAGGAAUUGUUGGACUGCUUUGGGACUUUCGAUGGUUUGCAUGAGAUCGCCGCCACCCGAUCAGUACCGCUGCAUGUGAGGAAGCAAAGCAUCAUACAAUUCAAAAACAAGGCGUUGAAUCACUGGAAAUCACGGAAGCUUUUAUCGGAUGAGCACCGAGUUAGGAUCCGCGUACGAUGCAUGACCUUUUUUGACGAGGAAGAUGAUACGAUUGCGGAGUGCAAUGAAAUAAUCGUUGCGAAGAUUGCUCGCCAAGAUUACCCCAUGAACUGGUCUUCGCUGCUAGCCGACAUCAUGGACGUCAUCCGCACCAAUCUUCAAGUGCUGUGCGCUUCUCCCAAUAGCGACCCGCGGUCAAUUCUUGCCCUUCGCAGGGGUCUCGCACUUCUUAACUGUGUCCUGAAGGAGUUCAGUGGCGUCAAGAUGUUGACCGGCGUGAAAACAAUGGCCAAUAUCAUCGAUCAACUUCAUGAAGUGAUAUUCGCCUACUAUUCCCAAUUGUCGGCAAUGAUUUCUGCGCUCGUGCCGCCAGCGCUUGGCGAUCAGCGCACUGCCGACAAUCUCAUCGUGGCUCAUCUCAUCUACAAGUGUCUUUCAAAGAUGGCUCUCUGGCUCUGGCCCAGACUCAUAAAGCCUGAAAAAGGCGGGUUUGAAAAACUCGAGCCUUGGUUCUUGCAACUUUUCCAGAGUUCGACCGGACAAUUGAAGAUACUGUCUGAACUUCGCAUCAACCUCGUCCUUGCCUUGAGAGAAUCUGGGGCAUCAGACCGUAUCACACUUUUGUCUAUUGACAGACUGACCCGUCAUGUCCGCGUAUUUGGAAAAUUUUUCCGCAGACUACAACAGCUUGAACCUGUAAAAUUUGUUGAGCUCCCGACAGGUAACGAAAUCGUCCUUUACUAUUGGGAUAGAGUUGUGCAAGCUACCAAUGGUCCGCCGGAGCUGAUCCAAGACGCCCCGACGGCGGUUUUCCCGGUGCGUUUUCUCCUCCAGGCAAUGGUCCUUUUCAAGGAAAAUCUCGCGAGAUGGACGCCGUUUCGCAAAGGUGGCCCAAAAACCGAGACUACUCUUUCGCAAGAGUUUGUUGAGGAUGCCGUUCGGCUUCUCGUGACGCGCUUCAUCCCCUUGAACCCGGCAGAUCUCAAGGGUUGGAUGUCUGACCCGGAAGAAUGGGUCAAUCUAGAAGACAAGGAAAACGAUCAAUGGGAGUAUGAAUUACGACCAUGCGGUGAACGCGUCUUGAUGACCCUUUCGUCGCAAUACAAGGAUUAUGUCACGCCGCUACUUGAGACAACCUUCAAGCAGACAAUUGCGCAACCGACUGUCGAUUUGGCAAGUGUCAUACAAAAGGAAGCCCUGUACUGUGCUAUUGGACGUUGUGCGACUCGCCUAAGAGACGUCAUUCCUUUCAAUCAAUGGUUGGAACAUAAUCUUCUCGCAGAGGCAAUGGAGACGAACCAAAACUAUCCCAUCAUCAAGCGCCGUAUAGCCUGGCUUAUUGGAAGAUGGAUUAGUGACAUGUGUACACCAGCCAAUGAUCCAAAAGUCUGGGAAAUCCUGAUCCACUUGCUACGAGACAGAGGACCUGGGACGGAUUCUGUCGUUCGUCUAACUGCCGCCACAGCCUUGCGGGAGUGCGUUGACACUGUCGAUUUUGACAUUGAUGUCUUCACACCUUUCUUGCCUGCAGCAGUCACUGAACUUGUGAGGCUUAUGGGCGAGGCGGACACGAUGGAAGUGAAACAGCGUCUAGCCAAGAGUCUCAAUGUGGUAAUCGAACGUGCGGGUUCUCGAAUUACGCCACACGCACAAAUGAUUUCGGGAGGUAUCCCCCAGCUGUGGACCGCUGCGGGCGAGGAGUGGUUAUUCAAAGCUCAACUUUUGGUCAUCGUGACAAGCCUAGUGUCGGCGAUGAAGGAGCAGUCAUAUUUAACCCCCCUUAUCGUCCCACUUGUUCGAGAAGGUCUUUCCCAGGGCGUUGCCAUCAACCUCGAUGAAGACGCGCUUAAUCUUUGGCUAGCUGCCGUUCGCAACUCAUCAUCGUUGAGCUGUGCUGGCGGCCCUGGUCUUAUCGACUUGGUCCCUCUAGCAGUGUCUCUGUUGUCGAACAAUCUAGAUCUGCUUGGCAAGAUAGUGUCUAUAGUCGAGUCGUGUUUAUUUGCCGACGCUCCUGCCGUCUUGCAGAGCUUCUCCUUUUCGCUAAUGGAGGCUUUCGUAAAAGCGCUCACGGGCCAGGCUAUAUUGACCAAUCAGAAAGACAUACUGAUUUGUCUCCAAUUCCUGACUCAGUUAGCUCCCGCUGCGCUUUGGGGAAAAGCUAUGCACGACGCUGGUUUGUUUAGUUACAUUGUUGACCUUCUUAAUCACGACGAGAGCUCGCCAACCCUGCUCACCGAAUGCAUCUAUUUACUUGCGAGGAUUGCCAUGGCAGACAGACAGAUGUUCAUGCAGCUUGUAUUGGCAACGCAGACCGCGAAUCUCCCAGAAACUAAAAUCUGGGAAGCAGUACUGGACCAUUGGUGGCGGCAGUUCGACCACAUGUCGGAGCCUCGUCACCGCAAACUAGCUGCUCUCGGCAUAGCGUCUCUCGUAUCAACCGGUCGUCCUGAAGUGCUUGAUCGCUUACCGACCGAGAUUUUCAACCUCUGGACAGACGUGUUCUUUGAGGUCAAAGAGAGCAGGAACUUGGCUGAAAAUGAGGAUGCCAGCCCCUUAACACUUCACUGGGACCUCGAUCAGGUGCCACAGUCAUACUAUGCGGAUUCUGAGAACACCAUGGAGUUUGAUCGUCGGAAAAUGUUCCUGGACAAUGAUCCUGUUCGCACCAUUCAGCUCACUAAUUAUGUGGCUGCGGCAUUACAGGAAGCCGAGAGGACCUGUGGAGGCGUAAAUAUUUUCAAUCAGUACAUAAGCAAGGCGGAUCCCACUUUGCUCAAACAACUCCAGGACGAACUUCGGGGCGAGUAAGACAGAGAUGAACGAUCGAGAAGGGACACCUUAUUAUACUCUCAUCAUUGCUAGUUAUUUGUACAAUUGAACUGAAUACUUUCAUGUUUUCUCGUCAUCUGAAUUGAUAUUAUGGUUUCUCAUUUGAGAUGACAAUAAAAUCCAAGUGCAUUGCGUAUGUAGU